GCCAUUUUUCAAGCCGAGUUGCAUUUUUCGUGACUUUCAGUUUUGUAAUUGUCCCUCUGCUGUGCGUUUAACUUUCUGUUUUACUUUCGUUUAUCGUGCCGAAGAACCCCGAAGAAAGAUGCAAUCAUUGCGCAAAACUACAACAUGGAUUAUCCCAAGUGGAAUGAGACUGGCUCGCAUGAGCGGCGGUGAGAUGGGCAGCGGUGCCGGUAAGGGCGGUGGCGGUGGUGGAUCGAUCCGUGACGCCGGUGGUUCCUUCGGUAAGAUGGAGGUCGCUCACGAAGAGGAAUAUUUCUACAAACAGCGUCAAGAGCAGCUGGCAAAGCUGAAGCAGAAGGUGAUCAACCACGAAGAUUUCCACUCCGAAUCGAUCAAGCAUCACGAGGAUGCGAUCGCCCGCCACAAGCAAGCCAUUGAGGAGCUGAAGAAGAAGUAAGCGGAGGGAGCGGAGGCUCGUUAGUCUUUUUUUUGGUGGCGGCAUUUUUGUCGGCAGCACACACAGAGCCGAUGAUUAUUAGAAUAAAUCGUACCACUCGUAUGCAUU